AUGAUGUUGAAACUUAGAUUUGGACUCUAAAUACCAAUUUUCUGGAUUAAGUCUAAAAGGAAACAAUUUUGUUUGCUAACUGCAAGAUAAGACCAAAUGGACUGUAUUUAUAUUAUACUUUAAAAGAUUAUAUAGAGUAACUACAAGGAAAACAUCACAAAUAAAGUUGAGGUGUCCAUUGAGCGAGAAUAUCAUCACGAAAAAUGUUUAAACUUGCACUAUCAAAAUGGUAGAGGACACAAAUUCUAUCAAUACUUUGAAAUUUGUAAUAAACUAAACCACGAAGAAUAAUUCAGAUGGCAUUAAAUUACAGAAUGGAUUCUAAUUAUAUAAACUGAAUUCAAAUAUGCUUUUAUUCAAUAAUUCAACUAUGCCACCAUCAUCUUUAGUUUGUACUUUUGCAUUCAGCUAGCUGUGUUGAUUAAUGGAUCUCAAAUAUACAUGAAGUAAAGGUAUCAAGUAUAGUAAUCAGUUGAUUAUAUCUUUAACGAAAUGGAUAAACUAUAAAUAGAAGAAAAAGAAUUAGAAAAUCUUCGUGAGAAUGUGUAACUGUAAAGAUAGAUGGAAUUAUCUAGGAAUGCUAACAUACAGCCAGGAGGUUAACUUAGAGCUCCUUUUAAUUCAGAUUUGAGACUAAGCUCCCAAUAGACAAAUUUUAUAUCAAAUUAGUCAAAAUAGGUAUCAGGCACAUCAUUGCAGGUAAAAGCUACUCAUUCAAAGACACUUUAAGUUGAUUAGGAUUAGUCAAAAUUAAUCAAUCAAUUAAUAAUGGAGUCCGGACUUUCUCUAAAUCUCUUAGCAAGUGCUUAACUUGAAACCAUUGACGAGGGUAAAUAGCAUGAUGAGGAUGAGCAAAAUGAUAGAGAUAUUGUUUAAUCAGAGUUGAAUAGAAUGGACAAUCUAAUGCCUCAGAAAAGUAAAUUCUAAGAAAGAGAUGAUGUAGCUAGCUCAGUUACCAGUAUACCCUCUUACAGACUAUAGGAAGACUAGAAGACUGUCAUUAUUAGAUAAGAUCUAAACUAAACGGAGGAUGAAGAUCAUAAUUUUGAAUCAUUGGUAGGAAGCGAUCGUAGAAAAGUUUAAAAUAAUUCCUCGCUUGAGGAGUAAAAGUAUCAUAUAGACUAGAUCAAAAGUAGUAGUAGUCCAAAGAGAGUGUAGAGAAAUUUAAAAUUUAUAGAGGAAUUAAAGCAUCAAGACUUGAAUCUAGAUUUUCUGUCUAGCUCAUCUAUUUAUUCUCUUAAUGGUCCUCUGAAUCUUAAAGCUAAUAAGUCAGCAUCUCCCUAGCAAUAAGUUUUAGUAGAGCCUCUAUAAAAAUAGACAGAGCAUUAUAAAUAGGGCCUAAGAAAUGCAAACUCUUAAAAAAGCCUAUCUUCUAGAAUCAGUAAGAGCAAUAAGUUGAUGCCAUAUAUGUAGUAUUUGGCGAAUGACAACUCAAUGAAUAAUGAUGACCUUGAAAACUCUCAGCAAAUUAUGCUGAACAAUAUGUCCAGGAAUCAUCAUGAAACUAUUGAAACUGAGUAGCCAAUGAUCAGACAUGAUGAUUAUAGAAUGACAUAAACAAGAAAUCGAUAUGAAACAUUUAUUUCUCAUAAUAUUGAUGAUGACUAACCGAAUAUACAGUUUACUUUUAAUUCUAGAGGCAACACUCGCCAUUUUGCUGAUGAUACUAUCGGAGACUACUACCUAGAGAGAUAGAAAACUAACUUUACUUAGAAAUCAACCUUUAAUUAUCAAAAAUCUAAAAGUGUUGUUAGAGAAGCUAUUAAAAAUCUAAAGGAAAUUGAGAUUAGCUAUGAAUAAAUGGGUAUUGUAGGAAUUCCUCGUAUAUAUCAGACUAAUAAUGGAAAAUGCUUUAUUAGAAAUAUGAAUGUGCUAAUUUCGAAUUACAGGUAAAUCGAGGAUUAGACUGAUGUGCAGAUAAAUAGGAGAUUAGAGGAAAUAAGGCAGAUAGUUCAGUCUAGGAAGUUCAAAUACUGCCAGAUGAUUUAUGAUUACUUUGAUUUUUGGAAUAAGUACAUGAUACUUGCGAUAUAUCUUAUUUUUCUAGGAUUUAUGAUAAUUAAACUAUAGGAUGGUUUAAUACCAGGAGUUGUGUUAUUAGGCAUUGGAAUAUUUAUUAGUGUACUAUUUAUUGGAGUGUAGAUAUUUUUUUUCUCUAGAGGAGAGAAAUCAAUUCGGCUUAAGAACUGA